GAUCGGUGUCGCUGCACUCCCAAGCUCUCCAUCUUUUGCCAUCAUCGGCUUGCUCUUCGCCUCAAUUCUUUCCUCCGAGUCAUCUCAGACAUCUACCAGUUCGUUCACAAUGCUCUCGAGGCAGCCAUCCGGAGAAGUCACCCUGACAGAGACAGACACCGAGCACGUGCGUGUCGUCAGCGCAGAUGCCGUGUCUGAAAGAAUAGACCCGCGCAUCUCCCCAGCGGAGCGCGCCAACGAGAACGAGCUCGACACGCCCUACCUCAGGCAGCUCUCCGACUAUGUGCACCACCGCGACCACACCGCCGUCGCCGACGUCGAGCAGGGAAACGAAGAGAAGAAGAACGAGGGAACGCUCUACGUACGUCGCUUGUAUCCCCGCCAGACACGUUCCUCACGGCGUGGUGCAGGUCGAGUUCGAACAGGACGACCCGCGGGACCCGAAGAAUUUCACGACGCGGCGCAAAUGGACGAUCGCCGGCUGCGCCAUCUUUUUCACGGCCCUCGCAUCUGCCAACGGCUCGACGUACAACCUGGGCUUCCCGGGGAUGGUCGCGGACCUCAACUGCACGCCGUUCCAGGCGACGAUCGGCCUGUCGAUGUACACCCUCGGCUUCGCCGUCACGCCGCUCGUCACGGCGUCCUUCAGCGAGGAGUUCGGGCGCAAGCCGCUCUACGUCGUCUCCGCCGUCGGCUUCGCGCUCAUGCACAUCAUGGCCGCCCUGGCGAAAAAUAUUCACACCGUGCAGAUCGCGCGGUUCUUCUCCGGCGCGUUCGGCUCGACAGGUUCUACCAUGGUCGGCGGGAGCAUCGCAGACAUCUUCGCGCCGCACGAGCGCGGGCUGCCGAUGACCAUCUUCUCGGUCGCCGCCAUCGGCUCCACAGGGCUCGGGCCCGUCGCGGCAGGGUGGAUCGAGAUGAACCGUCACCUCGGGUGGCGCUGGAUCCAGUGGAUCCACUUCAUCGUGGCGGCGGUGUUCGCGGCGGCGAUCCCGCUCCUGAUGACGGAGACGCGCGCGGCGGUCGUGCUGACGCGCGUCGCGAAGCGGAUGCGCGCGCGCACGGGCGACCACCGCUACCGCGCGCGCGUCGAGGACGAGCGCGCGAGCCUCCGGAGCCUCGUCUGGGUCUCGUGCACCCGGCCCGUGUACCUGCUGCUCACCGAGCCGGUCGUCGCGAGCUUCAGCAUGUGGGUCGGGUUUGCGUGGGGGAUGUUGUACGUCUUGAUUGAGUCUAUCGGGCCCAUCUUCAAGAACAUCCACCACUUCAACAACGGCGAGGUCGGCGUGGUCUUUGUGACAUUCUUCAUCGGCUGCAUGCUCGGCUGCGUCGCCCAGUACUACCAGGAGAAGCUCUACCAGAAGAACCAGCCCGUGCGCGGACCAGAGGCGCGGCUGUACAUGGCGAUGCCCGCGGGCAUCGUCUUCGCCGCCGGGCUGUUCAUCUACGCGUGGUGCAGCUUCGCGGACGUGCACUGGAUCUCGCUCUGCAUCGGCAUCGUCCUCGUCGAAUGCGGGUCCUUCACGAUCUACCUCGCCGUCUUCACCUACCUCGCGGACUGCUACGGCACGUUCGCGUCGAGCGCGCUCGCGGGGCAGAGCCUCUCGCGGAACGUGUUCGCGAUGGCCUUCCCGCUCUUCACGACGCAGAUGUACGCCGCGCUGACGUACCACUGGGCGAACACGAUCUUUGGGAUCCUCGCGCUCGUCAUGAGCCCCGUGCCCUUCCUGCUGUUCUGGAAGGGCCCUGCGCUCCGCGCGCGCAGCCGGUUCGCGGUGUCGAACGCCGAAAAGCGGUCUUGAAAUCACCCGCGGCGUGGCUCUUUACCGCUCGACACGACUCCAUGCAAGCUUCGCUUAAUGUCACGCAAGAUAAUGUUCCUUGCAUGGUUCGCCUGAGACUCCAUCACUCCGUCAUCCCAUUUACUUACUGUCCUAUUACCUACUACCUACUACUUUGUGACUCGAUCAUUCACAUCGCAACGACUAUAUUUGUACUUAUUUUCUACGCAUACAGUCAACAUAUAGCUGCAUGAGUAUCUCGCAUAGACCUUCUGCAGCAACAAGAAUGUAAUCGAUUCCACGUGCCGCAUUGAGAGUGUAGUCUAACAUAAUAUCUCGCGUUAGAUCUUGCAUAUUCUACCAUAUCACAGUCGCCGAAGCGGCCAUCUGGCUCUCGUUGUCUCGUUAUUUAUCUAAUUCCAGAGAACGUGCAUAUGUUAGUUCACCACUUAUAGAAACACUCGCACCAUGCAUGUGUCUCUCGGC